AUGCAGAAAGAAAGAAUAUCCACAAUGACAGGCUACCACCUCCCCGUAGACCUGAAACAAUUCAAAAAACUCACCCUCAACCCCAAAAACACCACCCUCACCCCCGACCAAAAGAAAGACCUCCAGCACAACAUCAACAUCUUCCGCGACGCCAUCGUCGCCUUCACCGCGACCGGCUCCGCGCGCGGACAGGCCGGCCACACAGGCGGUCCCUUCGACACAGCCCCCGAAGUCUGCAUCCUGCUCGGCUUUCUCAACGCGAACCCCGAGAAAUACUACGACGCCAUCUUCGACGAGGCGGGACAUCGCGUGGCGACGCAGUACCUGCUUGCCGCGAUCGAUGGAAAGAUUGAGCCGGAUCACCUGCUGAAUUAUCGCGAUGCGAACUCGAAGCUUCCAGGCCAUCCGGAGUUGGGGCUCACACCUGGUGUGAAAUUCAGUUCAGGACGGUUGGGACAUAUGUGGGCGAUGGUUAAUGGGAUUGCGAUGGCACACCGCGACAAGGCGGUCUUCAUGCUUGGGUCCGAUGGGUCGCAGCAGGAAGGGAAUGACGCUGAAGCGGCACGGAUCGCCGUUGCGAAUAACCUCAAUGUGAAAUUGUUCAUCGAUAACAAUGAUGUGACUAUUGCGGGACACCCGAGCCAGUAUCUGAAGGGGUACGAGCUGGAGAAAACGCUUUCGGGACACGGGUUGACGGUCGUCCGGGCGCAGGGCGAGAAUAUCGACUCGCUUUAUGGUGCUAUGGUCAAGACUAUUCAGACCAACGGGCCUACGGCGGUUAUCGUGGACCGCAAGAUGGCGCCUGGAAUUCCAGAACUCGAAGGCAAGAUUCACGCGCACGACGUCGUCCCCGUGGACGUUGCACGCAAGUACCUGACCAAGCGCGGCUACGCGGAAAAGGACCUGGCCUUCUACGACCAGAUCAAGGCGAAGGGGAACCCGCACCAGUACUUGGGAUCGACGAAGGACAAGGGAUCGAACCGCGUGAUCUUCGGCGAAGCCGUCAACUCGGUCCUCGACGAGCUGAGCGAGGAAGAAGCCAAGAGGCGCGUGAUGGUCAUUGACUCGGACCUCGAGGGGUCGACGGGGCUAAAGGGCAUCCACCAGAAGCACCCGGAGGUGUACGUCUCGUCUGGAGUCAUGGAGCGCGGGAACUUUAGUGCAGCCGCGGGGUUCGGGUUCGGAAGCGACGGGUCCCGCCAGGGUGUCUUCUCGACCUUUGCCGCGUUCCUGGAAAUGUGUAUUUCGGAAAUCACCAUGGCGCGAUUGAACGGAUGCAGUGUGCUCUCGCACUUUAGCCACAGCGGCGUGGACGAGAUCGCGGAUAACACGUGCCACUUUGGCAUCAACAACUUCUUCGCGGAUAACGGGCUCAUGGACGCCGUGAGCACGGGCUUGUAUUUCCCGGCCGACGGCGAGCAGAUGAAGGCAGUCGUCAGAUCCGUCUUCUUCACCAAAGGUCUGCGCUUCAUCUUCUCCACCCGCUCCAAGACACCCUACAUCCUCAAGGAGAACAGUGAGGAGAAGCUCUAUGGCGGCGACUACAAGUUUGUGCCUGGCAAGGAGGAGUUUAUCCGCCGGGGCAAGGCUGGGUAUGUGAUUUCCUACGGCGACAUGCUGUACCGGUCUCUGGACGCCGUUGAGAGACUACGGAAGGAAGGGAUCGACGUCGGUCUUGUGAAUAAGCCGACACUGAAUGUGGUCGAUGAGGAGGCGAUCAAGGUCUAUGGGUCUUCGCCGUUUGUUGUUGUUGUGGAGAGUUUGGCGCAGAAGACGAGCCUUGGCUCGCGGCUGGGUAGCCACUUGUUGGAUCGCAAGCUUACGCCCAAGUAUCGCAUGAUGGGUGCGGUCAAGGAGGGCUGCGGUGGUCUGUACGAGCAGAUCAAUGCCCAAGGGCUGGGACCUGAUGAUAUUGUGCGUGCUGUCAAGGCGGCUCACGAAAAGUAA